CCAUUUGAUCUUCCCCGGUCGUUGUCUUCAAUUCCCCCCCAUCCUCCUGUUACCCCCUCUCCGCUCUCUGCUAUGAUUCUUCUGACACAACCCCUCCCUGCACUGCUUUCUCCCCGCCUCCUCGCUCUGCCAUUUACAACUUGAUGAAUGUCUAAUUUUUAGCAGAGCCGACGAAAGGUCAUUGACGUGAAAAAAAUCGACAUUUCUCCCUCCGCGCUGCUCAAAGGCAAGACCCGGACUUGCCAAGCUGACAUCGCGUCGGCGAGCGACCAGUGAUUCGUGAAGCCAGUGCGCCGUCUGGGACCAGGUUUGCUCGAUGUCCGCCGGGGACACGGUGAGCUUCGUGUUGGGCUUGGUGGGCUGCGUGCUCAUCGCCGUGUGCUUGGGCAACGAGCAGUGGAAGGUGUCCACCUUGGAUGGCAGCGUUAUCACCACGUCCACCAUCUACGAGAACCUGUGGAAGAGCUGCGCUAGUGACGCCACCGGCGUGUACAACUGCAGGGACUUCCUCUCGUUGUUCGGGCUGUCAGAUUAUGUCCGAGCCUCCCAGGCCCUGAUGAUCAUCUCUAUCCUCCUGGGAUUUUUUGCAACCAUCGUCAGUUUAUUUGGUCUGCAAUGUACCCAGUUUGGAACAACAGAUCCAGUGGCGAAAGCAAGGCUGGCGACGGCGGGAGGAGCUCUAUACAUCCUGGCCGCCCUGUGCGCCAUGGUCCCCGUCUCCUGGUACGCCUUUAACAUCACGCAGCAGUUCUAUGACCCAAUCUACCCAGGAACAAAGUUUGAACUUGGACCUGGACUCUAUAUUGGUUGGGCCGGGGCAUCGUUGCAGCUGAUUGGAGGGAUCGUCCUCUGCCUUGCUUGUCAGAGAACCACUGGUAAAACUGAGGCGUACUCAUACAAUUACCAAGCACCCCGCUCGACGGUGGGAAGGGUGUCGAGGAACUACGUGUCAGAAGUGGACAACUCCAGUAACUAUGGGAAGAACGCCUACGUCUGAGAGCAGGGGCUGCGUCUGGAUCCUUCUCGGCCUGCGCUUUGGACUGUUGGUCGGGCAGUGCGUGAAAUCCUGUUUGUGGGGAUCACAUUGGGGAAAUGCACUUUCUACACACUGCAAUUGCUCUGUUGUUGCACUGCCUUGUGUUAAAUCUGAUUGUACCCAUACUGUAGAGAUGCCGGUGAACACUCCCCUUGGAGUGAACGGGAAGGUGUGGGUGGGAAGAUGGUCACGGUUGAAAGGAGAAUAAAACCGUUAUGAACAACAGG